CCUCCAGCGAAAUGCCGGACAUCGACCCCAAGAUUCGCGUCCUCGUCCUCGACCCGUCGCCCCACUUCACCAACAUCAACUACACCUACACCUCCUCGCUCAAGAAGUCCCUCCUCGCGCCGUGCUCUCCCAGAUUCCACGCCUUGAUCUCCGACCCCAACACCACGGAGAUCGCCAUCGACACCACCGUGCGCACAUGGGGCCUUUUCCUCGGAUGGCUGUACACUUCCCAACUCCGCCUCGACGCACCUUUAUGGGACAGCGACCGCGACGACAGCAAAAGCAUGAACGACCUCCUAGGCCUCUACACAUUCGCCAUCAAAUUCGAGGUAGUUAGGCUGCACCGGGACGUCAUGAACAGCUUCCUCUACCGCUUCAAGAACGGGUGGGUUAUAACCGAGAGCACACUCGCGAGCAUCGAGAAUGGACUGCAUUACCAAGACCCGCUGGUGGCGUUCGCGGUGGCUAUGGUGCUGAACUUCAUGCCAGGGAUUUCUUUCGCCACGUGGGCGAAGCUUAGCCCGCGAUUCUCGCAUACGAUCAAUGUUCUCAAUAAGGCGCGAGCGGAGAAGGCUUGGUCGGAGAGGGACUUCGUUGUGGAGGAUGCUGGGAGGGCGAGAGAGUUGAUUCUGGGGGAUUGGUGCCAAUGGCAUGGGCAUAGGACUAGAGAAGACGGGACGUACGAAGAGCCUAGGGUAGUGGAAGCAUGCUACAAGGAAACGAGUACGCAGAUGAGGGUGUGGAAGGCUGAGAAGGCGGGGAAAUGGCUGAGCAGUGAGAAUCGUGGGUCAGGGUUUGACUUUUUGAUGGGAGAGCUGUAGGCGAUCUCAUACUAGUUGGGUAUCAUGGGUUAGGAUGACUCCUUGAUGGGAGAACUGUUGGCUAUCACACGAGUGUAGAUAGG